AGACAUAAUAAGUGGUUGACUUGGUGCACAAAACAGUAGAGAAAUUUUGGUGUCUUAUAUAUUUAAAAUCAACACUUCACCCUUGUUGGUUAGGCCAUUGCAAUCUAAGGAACAAAGAUGGAUCUUGAACUCCCAAAUUUAUCUGCCAAUGAAUCUCAACAACCAAAAUUCACUCUUCCUGUGGAUUCAGAAAACAAGGCCACUGAAUUCAGAUUAUUUUCUUUAGCUAAACCCCACAUGCGUUCAUUCCAUCUAUCUUGGUUCUCCUUCUUUGCAUGCUUUGUUUCCAGUUUCGCCGCAGCACCCCUUGUUCCCAUCAUUCGUGACAACCUCAACCUCACAGCCACAGAUGUUGGAAAUGCUGGAGUUGCAUCUGUCUCAGGUGCUGUCUUUGCCAGAAUAGUCAUGGGAACAGCCUGUGACUUGUUUGGACCGCGCCUCGCAUCGGCCUCACUCAUCUUCCUCACCGCGCCAGCAGUGUACUGCACUUCCAUCAUCUCCUCAGCUAACUCCUACCUCCUCGUCCGCUUCUUCACCGGCUUCUCCUUAGCUACCUUCGUCUCCACGCAGUUCUGGAUGAGCUCCAUGUUUUCAACCAAUGUUGUUGCCUCAGCAAAUGGACUAGCAGGUGGAUGGGGAAACCUUGGAGGAGGAGCAACACAGCUCAUCAUGCCCCUUGUGUUUUCCCUCAUCCAAGACUUUGGCGCUACCAAAUUCACCGCGUGGCGAAUCGCUUUCUUCAUUCCUGCUUUUUUACAAAUGCUGACAGCUUAUUUCAUUUUGGUAUUUGGUCAGGACAUGCCGGAUGGGAACUACCAUCGGUUGGAGAAGUCAGGGGAUAAACCAAAAGAUGAAUUGUCAAAAGUUGUUUAUCACGGAGUCACAAAUUAUAGAGCGUGGAUUCUAGCAUUGACUUAUGGUUACUGCUUUGGUGUGGAACUUACCAUUGACAACAUCAUUGCUGAGUACUUCUAUGACAGGUUUAAUCUGAAACUUCACACUGCCGGAAUCAUCGCUGCGAGUUUCGGCUUAGCUAACAUAUUUUCUAGACCUGGAGGGGGUUAUGUAUCAGAUGUCAUGGCAAGGAGGUUUGGAAUGAGGGGUAGGCUAUGGAUCUUGUGGCUGACUCAAACCUUGGCUGGUGUGCUCUGUAUAAUCAUGGGCUUGGUUGGAUCUCUAAGUGUAUCCAUCAUUGUUAUGAUCAUAUUCUCUGUCUUUGUCCAAGCUGCAUGUGGAAUGACCUUUGGAAUUGUUCCCUUUGUCUCAAGAAGGUCAUUAGGGGUCAUAUCUGGAAUGACAGGAGGAGGAGGCAAUGUGGGUGCAGUGGUGACUCAGUUAAUAUUCUUCAAAGGAUCAAGGUUUUCUAAAGAAAGAGGAAUAACUCUAAUGGGUGCCAUGAUCAUAAUAUGCACAUUGCCAAUAUGCUUAAUCUACUUUCCACAAUGGGGUGGGAUGUUUUUGGGCCCUUCAUCUAAGAAGGUCACAGAAGAAGAUUACUACAUGUCUGAGUGGAACUCCAAGGAGCAGCAGAAAGGAUCACAUCAUGCAAGCUUGAAAUUUGCUGAUAACAGCACAAGUGAAAGAGGCAGAAAACACAACGGUGCAACUAGACCUGCUGAGAUCACACCCCCACAUGUUUGAUUUCUCCUCAGGCCUCUUCAGCAAUGUUAACCACUGUAUCCUCCCUUGUAGCACAACCCAAAAGCUUGUAUAAUUUGGUUUCCCAAUAAAGUUAUCCUUAAGAAGAGAACUGGUUUCAAACCUGUUUGUCAUGUCAAUGUCAUUGUUUACUCUUGUAUAGAGUACCCUCUCUUUGUAAAGCAGAAUUUUCUAAUUUUCAAACAUGUCCUAGAACA